AUGUCAUGCUCCGAAAGGUCUAUUUUCACCUCGUCCGCGGUUAACUCUUUCAUGAAUCGCGGUUCACGAGAGACCUCCUGCGUCGCCUAUGAAGGGACACACAGUGACCAAAACAACCAAGUCCAAAAUAGCCGGGCCACCGGGGCGGACUCACAGGCACCGUUGACUAUGAACCAGCACCAGCACUCACAGGAGGCCGUGGAGCUGCCACGCCAUCAGUUUCACCAGGGAAUAACGAACUGGGAAGAACCACACUUGAGCGCAGUUCGAGUUCCGCAGGUCAGCGCGUGUCCCGUCAGUGCAUCGGGUCGACAAGACGACUCCUCCUAUUUCAUCAUGGACUCGGACAAGCACUCCAAGUCGCUUCCAGACAUCCCAACCUUCAGGAGACUCAUGACGGAAAUGGGCUCCAUGAAUGGUGAUACAAGUCCAUACCCCGGCUAUUUCCGCCCAGAGCCAUCCACUUACACUGGGCUUAAACUAUAUGAGUACAGCGGCACGGACAUGUCCUCGGUCAGCCCAACGCUCGCGUCCCCCUCACAAUGUCGCCAGUUGUACAACUUGAGCUUCUCUGCACCGCUCUGCUCAGAGUCUGAGAGCAAACCUGUUAACGAUAACCGAGUGCUCGAUAUCACCGAAUGUUCGAGCCAGCGGAGCGAUGGCAGCAACAGCAACAGCAGUGUCACAGCGCUGAAUAACAUUCAAAACAACAGAGAAGAAACAGACACAUGUUCACAACACGACAAAUCCCUUACAGAUCUUUCCGAAGGCGAUAAAACUCGCAGACCGGAGACGAGAGUCGGCGGCGUGACGGUAGAAAAUGCUGCAAGCGGAUGGUUGUCGGCGAAAGCAGGGAGGAAGAAGCGAUGCCCUUACACUAAGCAUCAAACUCUUGAGUUGGAGAAGGAAUUCCUGUUCAACAUGUACCUGACUCGCGAGCGCCGCCUCGAGAUAAGCCGUAGUGUCAAUCUGACUGACCGUCAAGUCAAAAUCUGGUUCCAGAAUCGACGGAUGAAAAUGAAAAAAAUGACAAGAGAACACAGGACGAGGGACCCUGGCAACCAUUUUUCUAUUUGA